AUGGGGAUUUACAUUUUGUUUCUUAAUUCAGGACAGUUUUUUGAGUCUGUCAAUCCGUUAAGUGGCUUUGAGAGUAAAGAGAAGUUAGAAACCUACAUGUGGGAGAAGUCAUUGAAGAUUGAGCCAAAAGACGCUGACAAGUGGGACGUUGUGAAACCUACAAGACCAUCCAGUGUCCUGAGGUCUCCAGGCAUAAAACCUCCAAAAAAUUUGGCGUCUUUGCCAUCUACUAGCGGAAUUUCGAAUCAUUAUGGAAGAUAUCGGCGUAGUGGUCGUUUUUCAGCUUUAACAAAUAGUUAUAGCCCAGGGAACUUGCCAGAUGCAUUUGACGCGUCUCGUAAUUCGUUGAGCAGUACUUCGGUCGAGGAGAAAAAUACACAUUUUGGAGUUGUGGAUAUUGUUCCCGGUCAAUCGCCCAGGUACUUAGGAGACGUGUGGAGGAGUCCACGGCCUUUGUCGCCGUUGGCAAGCUUAAAACCGCCACCCCUCAUGCCACGCUUGCGAAAACAGAAAGCAUCAUCAACACCACCAAGUCCUCAUAUUGCUAGCAGUGGAAUACAUGAUGAAAAUUUAAGUCAGGCUCCCCCACCACUUUUUCCCAGAAAGCGGUCCCCUCUGUGUAGCACUACAUCUCCUGGAGAUCUUAAUGUUCACACCCAGCGGCUUCCUUCGAUACAGAAGGAAUGCACGAGAUUCAUUUUCCCUCCUGCUGCUUCUUCAGAUAGGAAAAUUAGUGUUAGUAAUUUCAAUGAAGUACCUAGCACUUCAUCGGUGCCACUUGCUCCCAUAGUUCCACCAAGAAAAAAAGAGGAAGCUUUGCCUCCUCCAAUUCCUCUAGAUGCGGUCCGCACGAUAUGGAAUAAAGAUGUUGCUGAUGGAGCGGGCGAUGCAGAUUUUGUUCCUUCAAAGGCAGGUGAUUUUGUUGAAAUCAUUUCACCACCACCUUUAUUUCCGAGACGUUCGGCCAGCCGUUGCACGCCACCACCUCCACGACCACCAAAAAGAAUCAGCAGUACCGGAUCAGGGCCGCACAGAGGACUUCCACUAGGCAGACAGGCAGAACCUGAUGCAGCCAAAACAUCAGCUGAUCAAACUUCUCCACCGCCACUGCCACCGAAGACUUAUAGACUUCAGCGGCACUAA